AUGCCGGUCCUUCUGUUCGUCUUAGACACGUCCGCUUCUAUGAACCAGCGCACCCAGCAGGGUAUUACCUAUUUGGAUAUAGCGAAGAGCGCGGUGGAGAUUUUCCUGAAGCUUCGCUCACGGGACCCAGCCAGCCAGGGAGACAGGUACAUGCUGGUCACCUCCGAGGACCCGCCCUACUGCAUCAAGGCUGGUUGGAAAGAGAACUAUGCCACAUUCAUGACUGAACUGAAAAACCUUCAUGCUUAUGGACUGACUACUCUUGGCCAGGCUCUGCAAUCUGCAUUCGACUUGUUAAAUCUGAAUAGAUUGGUGUCUGGAAUAGACAAUUAUGGACAGGGGAGGAAUCCAUUUUUUCUGGAACCAGCUCUUUUAAUUGUCAUCACAGAUGGAUAUAAGUUGACAAAUAUUAAUUGUGUCCAAGAGGAGCUUCAUCUCCCUUUGACCUCUUCUCUGCCUGGAAGUGAGCUAACCAAAGAACCUUUCCGCUGGGACCAGAGGUUAUUUGCCCUGGUGCUGCGUAUACCUGGGACGUUCUCGUCUGAGCCAGAGCCGCUAGGGAGCAUACCAGUGGAUGACUCUGUUAUUACACAAAUGUGUGAAGUUACAGGAGGCCAUUCCUAUUGUAUUAGGACACCAAAAAUGUUGACCCAAUGCUUAGAAUCUUUAGUUCAAAAAGUUCAAAGUGGUGUUGUUGUUAACUUUGAGAAAGCAGGACCAGAGCCUAGUUCCGAUGUUGAAGAAAAACAAGGAAAGAGAGAGGCACAUGAGUCAUCAAAAUCCUCUGGCCAUCCUCCAUGGCACAGCUGUCGCAAGCUAAUUUAUGUGCGCUCGAACCCUAAAACUGGGGUUCCUGUUGGGCACUGGCCAAUCCCUGAAUCUUUUUGGCCUGACCAAAACUCACCCACACUGCCUCCUCGGACAGCUCACCCUGUCAUUCGAUUCUUCUGUGUGGACCAUGAGCCCAUGAUCAUAGACAAACUGCCUUUUGACAAAUACGAACUUGAACCUUCACACUUAACUCAGCACAUCUUGGCGCGCAAGUCACCUCUGACUUGUUGGCAGGUGUUUGUGGCUAGCAGUGGGAAGUGCAGUGAACUGGAGCACCCCUUUGGGUACCUAAAGGCGAGCACUGCCUUAACAUGCGUCAAUCUCUUUGUCCUGCCUUACAACUACCCUGUGUUGCUCCCACUUUUAGAUGAAUUGUUCAAGGUUCACAAGCUUAAUCCAAGCCCAAAGUGGCGUCAGGAGUUUGAUGAGUACAUAAAAUCCAUGCCUGCAUACUUCCUACCACCAUUAAAGAAAGCGCUAAUGAUGAUGGGAGCUCCCAAUGUGAUAACAGAAAAUUUAAACUCUGGACUUAGUUACAGCAUCAUCUCUUACCUUAAGAAACUCAGUCAGCAGAGCAAACUUGAGUUGGAGAGAAGGAAUGCAUUGGUAGGGAAGAAGCCUCCCUUUGAGGGUGGAAUCAAACUGAAAACUGUGUCUGCUGGCUGCCCUAUGAUUUCUGGUACUGACUUAGAGCUCCAACUGCAGCCUACGACCUCAGACGAAGCUCCCGUCAGCCUGCUCGAAAUGAGUGGAAAACAGCCCUCUAGCUUCAAGUUAGCACUCCCAAACAAGGAGAUGAAGCCUCACCUGUACAAAAAUCCUUUUGACAUUCCUCGGAACUGUCUUUUGGAUCAGUUAACUAGAAUGAGAGCCAGCCUGCUGAACACAUACACAAAUGUUGUUGGACAAAACGAAGACUCCUCUCACAGUACUCCAAUUACACAAAUGGGCAACUAUCAGGAAUAUUUAAAGACUAUGCCUCCUCCACUUCGGGAGAUUGAUUCAGACCAACCAAAAAGACUUCAUACAUUUGGAAAUCCUUUCAAGCAGGAUAAGAAGGGGAUGGUGAUUGAUGAAGCUGAAGAGUUUAUGACAGAACCUCUGAGCAAAGUUAAGUGCUGGGGGAAUCGUAGCUCUCUGGGAUCCCUGAGGAACAAACAAAGCUUGUCCCCAUCCCCUCUAUCAAAGACGUCACAAACUGCCACCACCAGUGAAAAGGAACUGCCAUCAGCCUCUUCAGUGGCAUCAUCUUCAGUUCUCAAAAAACCCACCUCAUCAUACGAAGAUUCGAGUGUAGGUCCAGAUGACAGUGAAGAAAGGUUGGAAGAUGCUCAUUUUCCAGUUAGUUCAUCAUCACAGUCAGUUGAAGCUGUGGAUGAAGCUAGCAUUCUCAGAAAUGAUUUGGAUGCUCUGCUCAACGAGUUGAAUAGCUUGAGUGGUGGGUUAGUCUACACAGCCAGUGGUAACACUGUUGGUAGAGGAUCUGGAAAUUGCAGUCUCUCCCCAAAUGACCAAACAGCAGCAGCAGCAGCCUCGACUUCUGCAUCUGAGUCCAAUUUACUGAACGACCCACAGGAGGAAAGUGAAGCUAGUUUAAAAGUUCAAAUACUGAAGGAGGUGCGAAAGCCCGGAAGAAAUUAUGAAAAGAUCUUCACUGUGCUUGAAAAACUACAUGGAUCUGUGGAAACCCAGAAACGUUUGAUUUUUAUUGCAAUCAAGGAGGCAGCAAGGUUUAAAAAACGAGUUCUAAUUCAACGCCUUGAGAUGCUGUUAGAAGAAAUCAGCUUCAGCAACUUCCCAUCCCAUACCAUUAACAGUGAUGAAGAAGAAGCAACACUUGAAUUUCCAAAGUAACGUUUUAAGAAAUGACAAACUUGUUGCUGUCUUAUUCUAAUGAAUGGA